AUGCAAUCUGCCAACUCUGUGGACCAAGACAGUCAAUCCAACCUGCGAAAUGGAACCGUCGGUCAACACGCAGUCGGCGCUGCCGCAGCGGCUCAACAGCCCAAAGCCAUCAGUGCAGCUUUCAUCCAUAAACUAUACAGCAUGCUCGAAGACCAGAGUAUACAGCAUUUGAUUUCGUGGUCCAGCACAAACGAAAGCUUUGUCAUGUCACCUUCAACUGAAUUUUCCAAAGUACUAGCGUCAUACUUCAAGCAUACAAACAUUUCCUCAUUCGUCCGUCAAUUAAACAUGUACGGAUUUCAUAAAGUCAGCGACGUUUUUCAUACAGGAUCUCCCGAUUCACCUCUAUGGGAGUUCAAACAUGGCGCCAAUAAUUUCAGAAGGGGCGAUCUGAACGGCCUGAGGGACAUCAAACGCCGAGCUUCAAGGCAUACUUUAAUACAUCGUGAUUCAUUCUCGAAUGCGACACCCAAAAUGACGCUUCAGCCACCGCCGCCACCUCCUCCUGGCGCACCAAUGGAGCCUCCAAUGCCGGAUCCUGUCGAGGCUCGGCUUAGCAUGCUGGAGUUCAACCUCCAGGACGUGUACGCGAGGUUGGCAAGAUCAGAAGAUGCAUAUGCCAAUCUCAGCGCCAAAUGCCAGGUGUUGUCCGAGGGAUUGGCAAGAUGUCAUUACUGGAGCGGAGAGCUGUCUUCUCAGCUGCUGGGAAUGGUACCUGAUCCGGAGAAUGCCAUUCACAGAGAUGUGUCCGCCUUACGCGCCGAGAUCAACAGGAACGCGGAUAUUCUAAGGUCACACGAAGUGCCUCACGAGAACUUGCAGCCAACUCGUCCCCCGUACAUGACUGCUCCUUCUUACGAUCAUGGCGCUCCUGUUUCCCCCCGUCAGCAAGCAAUGGAUGCUUCUCGCAGACCCUCGUUGCAACCGACUUCUCGCACUUCUUCCUUCAGAGCACCCAUGCCACCCCAUAUGACAGCAUCACCUCAUAGAUUUGGUUCCCUCAGUGGCCCCUCUGGUCCACCAUCGCCUUCGUCUAGGCAGCCUGCACCACCGCCACCUCCGCCGCCAACUUAUUCCACGCUUCCACCUCCACCGGCACCAGCGCCUGCAGGCCAGCCAUCCUUGCAGCAUCGCCCAGCAUCUCCUCCCAUGAACCUUUCCCGACGCCAUACUUCUGCCGACAUUAGACUACAAGGAUGGAACGGUCCGCCUCAUGCAAUUCCUCCACCGCCUCCGCCACCUGCGCACGGAACCUCACCUUACUCGACAGGAGGGCAGAGCUCUGCAGCAUGGCCCACGUCUCCUUUCCGCCAGGCCAACAAUGAAGGUCAGCAGAUCAGGGAUACUCUGGCGCAAUACGAGCUGCCACGCGCGACAUCUAGACUCGGCUCCCGACAGACUACACCUCCCGAGCCCCCAUCGUACGCCAACAACAGUAGCGAAGCCGGAUGGCAACUCCCUGGGCCAAAGUUCUCGUUCAAAGGUGUUGAGGCUUCAGCGCCCGGGACUCGCCGAAGUAGUAUGGCUAGCAAUGUGCACUCCCUACUCAACCCCACAGCGGAUUCGAAUCAUGAGCGAGAUGCAGAAGACGGGCCCGAAGACAGAAAGCGCAAGAGACUAGGAUAG